AUGCACAACUCGUGCUACAUGCGCUUCUUCGAUUUAAAGAAAAAUAACAAAAAUGAUGGAAAACAGAAUCAAGAAGGUUCGCCUACAAUAAAAGUAGAUGUUGGAGUUCAAACGGAACCAUCGAAUAAUCAUUUAUCAUCAACAUCACCAUCUGGAAUAUUUAUGUCUACCAAAACCUCGUCUACAGGAACGUCUGACACUACAACUGACUCAGCUUCCAUUGAGCAAUUAUCCGAUUCUACAAUGAAAUUGCCAUUUUAUCGUUUAGAUAAAUUUACGAAAAAAUGUUGUAUAUGUAAUGCUGACUUUCAUCCGAAACGUCGUCGUUCAAUCAAAAUUGACACUUCAAUACGCAUUCAAUGUUUAAUUGAACAUCAUAUAUUUAUUGAAAAUGAAAGCAAAUGCUAUUCUGCCCAUGUAUCCAAUGGUCUCUUAAAAAUAGAUGCAAUCAACAAAAUUAAACAAAAUUAUUCAAACCACUGUACAGUUUAUCGUGAUGAAUUAAUCAAUAUGUUCAAUGAAAUGAAACAAGAAUUGAAAAAUAAAGACUCAACAAUCAAUAAGUUAAAGAAUACUCCACUAUUAGACUUCAAUGAUAAUGAAACAUUCAUGUCAGAUAAACACUAUCAUAUAUUGACGAGAUUAACUCGUAACGAGUUUAAUGAUUUAUGUUCAUAUAUACCAUCAACAGCAUUAAGAACAACUGACGUGAGAACACCACGCAUGGCUAUUGCUUGUCUUCUUGUAAAGUUAAGACUUGGUGUUAGUCAUGAUACUUUGUGUACAUUGUUCGGAAUCGAUGAUAAACGACGAAUGAAUCGAAUACUUGAGAGUGCAAAUAGCGCUUUAACACAGUAUUUUGUUCCGAAACACCUUGGCUUCCAUCAUAUCACACGAGAGCAAGUUCUCAAACAACAUACACGUCCACUGGCACAACAACUUCUUGCUAAUGACAAUCCAAAUAAAGCAAUAAUCAUACUGGAUGGAACUUAUGUUUACGCACGAAAGUCCGCCAACAACUUAUUACAAAGAAGAACUUACAGUGUUCAUAAGGGUAAACCACUUGUUAAACCAAUGAUGAUCGUAUCAACGGAUGGAUAUAUUAUAUCCGUGAUUGGACCAUACUUUGCUGAUAGCAAGAAUAACGAUGCGGAAAUAACAAAAAGUAUCAUAUAUAAUAACAAAGAAGAUAUGUUGGAUUGGCUAGCUCCUGGUGAUGUCAUAGUCGUCGAUAGAUGA